UUCUCACGGUCUGGCAUCAUCAACGCAAACAGCUGCUUAUUACUUCAUCGGCGAGUUUUGAGUGCAGAUUGUACAAUUUAAUUUAAUUGAUUUAAAAUGACAUCUCAGUACCUGAGCCAACUUAACACGGCUGACAAACUGUCCGCCGAGCCAUGGCCCGAGGACGCCACCCUCUACCAACCAUAUGAGGCUGAACAGAUUCUGUUGCCGGAGAAUGCUAGUUGCCUGGCUGUGAAGGCUUAUUUGAAGAUGUGUAACCUGCCCUUUGGGAUCCGAUCCUGUGCCAAUGCCGAGCACAUGUCCCCGGGUGGCAGAAUGACCAAGCUUCCCUUCAUCCGCGCAGGAGCUUUCAUCUUUGCCGAGUUCGAACCGAUUGUGAACUUUGUGGAGCAGAAGGACAUGGCCAUUGGCACCUGGCAAGACGAGGACGAGAAAGCUGAUAUGCGGACCUAUGUGUCACUGGUUGAAAACAUCUUUACCAUGGCCGAGCUCUACAUUAGCUUUAAGAACGAGCGUGUCUAUAAGGAGGUCACGGCUCCAAGGAAUGGUGUUGUCUUUCCCUGGCCCCUCAAUCACAUGCAGAACUAUGGAAAGCGGCGGAACGCAUUACGUUUGCUUAAGGUAUACCAGUGGGAUGAUUUAGACAUCGAUACCGUCAUCGAGAAGGUGGCCAAGUGCUGUGAGACCCUCGAAUAUAAACUGAAGGAGUCACCGGAGACGCCCUUCUUCUACGGUGAUCAACCCUGCGAACUGGACGCUAUCGCCUUCGGACACCUGUUCAGCAUCCUUACCACCCAACUGCCCAACAUGGCUCUGGCGCAGACGGUGCAGAAGUUCAAGCAUCUGGUCGAGUUUUGUCGCUUCGUCGAUGAGAAAUACUUUCAGACCAGGUUCCUACAAAAUUAGUUUUAUGUCGUUGUCGCACUAAGCUGCUGGCCAAGUUAUAGAUGUAAUUAUUAUUUUCUAUGAAUAUGCACAAGCGCCUUAAUCUGCAAUUAUAUAUUUUGUUAAGGCUUAAAAAAUAGCUAUUCUACUACAUAUGUAUAAAUAUGCUAAAUCACCAAGCUUUUCUGAGCUAUCCGCAUUUUCACGCUUUUCCUUGCUUACUCGCAGUCAUAUUUGAAAUUGAACAGUAAAACUAAUAAUAUUCUACACCUUUUACUUUCAGCAAAUAAUUUGAAUAUUUAAAAUUACUUUUAUGGCGAGUGUGUAAAUAAGUAUUUAUAAAGUUAAAUACGUCCCAAUAAAUUGUUGACUUUAAUAAACGCUUAGGAAAUUGUUUAACAUA